AUGGCCGCCGCCAGCAGCGUGCAGGAAAAAUCGGGCUACAAGCAGCAUAACACUUCUGUAGCGGGCUACAAGCAGCAUAACACUUCUGUAGCGGGCUACAAGCAGCAUAACACUUCUGUAGCGGGCUACAAGCAGCAUAACACUUCUGUAGCGGGCUACAAGCAGCAUAACCCUUCUGUAGCGGGCUACAAGCAGCAUAACCCUUCUGUAGCGGGCUACAAGCAGCAUAACACUUCUGUAGCGGGCUACAAGCAGCAUAACACUUCUGUAGCGGGCUACAAGCAGCAUAACACUGCCGUAGCGGGCUACAAGCAGCAUAACACUUCUGUAGCGGGCUACAAGCAGCAUAACACUGCCGUAGCGGGCUACAAGCAGCAUAACACUGCCGUAGCGGGCUACAAGCAGCAUAACACUGCCGUAGCGGGCUACAAGCAGCAUAACACUGCCGUAGCGGGCUACAAGCAGCAUAACACUGCCGUAGCGGGCUACAAGCAGCAUAACACUGCCGUAGCGGGCUACAAGCAGCAUAACACUGCCGUAGCGGGCUUCAAGCAGCAUAACACUGCCGUAGCGGGCUACAAGCAGCAUAACACUGCCGUAGCGGGCUACAAGCAGCAUAACACUGCCGUAGCGGGCUACAAGCAGCAUAACACUGCCGUAGCGGGCUACAAGCAGCAUAACACUGCCGUAGCGGGCUACAAGCAGCAUAACACUGCCGUAGCGGGCUACAAGCAGCAUAACACUGCCGUAGCGGGCUACGAGCAGCAUAACACUGCCGUAGCGGGCUACGAGCAGCAUAACACUGCCGUAGCGGGCUACGAGCAGCAUAACACUGCCGUAGCGGGCUACGAGCAGCAUAACACUGCCGUAGCGGGCUACGAGCAGCAUAACACUGCCGUAGCGGGCUACGAGCAGCAUAACACUGCCGUAGCGGGCUACGAGCAGCAUAACACUGCCGUAGCGGGCUACGAGCAGCAUAACACUGCCGUAGCGGGCUACGAGCAGCAUAACACUGCCGUAGCGGGCUACGAGCAGCAUAACACUGCCGUAGCGGGCUACGAGCAGCAUAACACUGCCGUAGCGGGCUACGAGCAGCAUAACACUGCCGUAGCGGGCUACGAGCAGCAUAACACUGCCGUAGCGGGCUACGAGCAGCAUAACACUGCCGUAGCGGGCUACGAGCAGCAUAACACUGCCGUAGCGGGCUACGAGCAGCAUAACACUGCCGUAGCGGGCUACGAGCAGCAUAACACUGCCGUAGCGGGCUACGAGCAGCAUAACACUGCCGUAGCGGGCUACGAGCAGCAUAACACUGCCGUAGCGGGCUACGAGCAGCAUAACACUGCCGUAGCGGGCUACGAGCAGCAUAACACUGCCGUAGCGGGCUACGAGCAGCAUAACACUGCCGUAGCGGGCUACGAGCAGCAUAACACUGCCGUAGCGGGCUACGAGCAGCAUAACACUGCCGUAGCGGGCUACGAGCAGCAUAACACUGCCGUAGCGGGCUACGAGCAGCAUAACACUGCCGUAGCGGGCUACGAGCAGCAUAACACUGCCGUAGCGGGCUACGAGCAGCAUAACACUGCCGUAGCGGGCUACGAGCAGCAUAACACUGCCGUAGCGGGCUACGAGCAGCAUAACACUGCCGUAGCGGGCUACGAGCAGCAUAACACUGCCGUAGCGGGCUACGAGCAGCAUAACACUGCCGUAGCGGGCUACGAGCAGCAUAACACUGCCGUAGCGGGCUACGAGCAGCAUAACACUGCCGUAGCGGGCUACGAGCAGCAUAACACUGCCGUAGCGGGCUACGAGCAGCAUAACACUGCCGUAGCGGGCUACGAGCAGCAUAACACUGCCGUAGCGGGCUACGAGCAGCAUAACACUGCCGUAGCGGGCUACGAGCAGCAUAACACUGCCGUAGCGGGCUACGAGCAGCAUAACACUGCCGUAGCGGGCUACGAGCAGCAUAACACUGCCGUAGCGGGCUACGAGCAGCAUAACACUGCCGUAGCGGGCUACGAGCAGCAUAACACUGCCGUAGCGGGCUACGAGCAGCAUAACACUGCCGUAGCGGGCUACGAGCAGCAUAACACUGCCGUAGCGGGCUACGAGCAGCAUAACACUGCCGUAGCGGGCUACAAGCAGCAUAACACUGCCGUAGCGGGCUACAAGCAGCAUAACACUGCCGUAGCGGGCUACAAGCAGCAUAACACUGCCGUAGCGGGCUACAAGCAGCAUAACACUGCCGUAGCGGGCUACAAGCAGCAUAACACUGCCGUAGCGGGCUACAAGCAGCAUAACACUGCCGUAGCGGGCUACAAGCAGCAUAACACUGCCGUAGCGGGCUACAAGCAGCAUAACACUGCCGUAGCGGGCUACAAGCAGCAUAACACUGCCGUAGCGGGCUACAAGCAGCAUAACACUGCCGUAGCGGGCUACAAGCAGCAUAACACUGCCGUAGCGGGCUACAAGCAGCAUAACACUGCCGUAGCGGGCUACAAGCAGCAUAACACUGCCGUAGCGGGCUACAAGCAGCAUAACACUGCCGUAGCGGGCUACAAGCAGCAUAACACUGCCGUAGCGGGCUACAAGCAGCAUAACACUGCCGAGGCGGGCUACAAGCAGCAUAACACUGCCGAGGCGGGCUACAAGCAGCAUAACACUGCCGAGGCGGGCUACAAGCAGCAUAACACUGCCGAGGCGGGCUACAAGCAGCAUAACACUGCCGUAGCGGGCUACAAGCAGCAUAACACUGCUGUAGCGGGCUACAAGCAGCAUAACACUGCUGUAGCGGGCUACAAGCAGCAUAACACCGCCGUAGAGUGCUACAAGCAGCAUAACACUGCCGUAGCGGGCUACGAGCAGGAUAAUGCUAACCCAAGUUUCUAUACCCGUCUCUCAAUUCAGAUUAAUAUGAUAUGUACGGUGAGAUGUGGAAGCAGGGAGGUGGCCCCGCGCUGCCCGAGGCUCCUACGGCCGCUAAAUGCUCCCAGCAUCUCUAGUAAGCUGGCUAAAACACGCUAA